GGAACCUGUCCUUUAAGAGCCGCCUCCCGCCGCUGCUCAGCCCUGAGCCGCGCCCGGUGCCGCCAUGGUCUCUUGGAUAAUCUCCCGCCUCGUGGUGCUGAUCUUCGGCACCCUUUACCCCGCGUACUCCUCCUACAAGGCCGUGAAGACGAAAAACGUAAAGGAAUAUGUGAAGUGGAUGAUGUACUGGAUUGUAUUUGCCUUUUUCACCACUGCAGAAACACUCACGGACAUUGUUCUUUCUUGGGCUGAGAGAUGCCCUGUUUAUGGAGUUUUCAUGGCUAUGGAUGAAAGACUAAAUGAUACUCGAAGAAGGUUUCCCUUUUAUUUCGAGCUGAAAAUCGCAUUUGUGAUUUGGCUGCUCUCCCCUUACACAAAGGGCUCCAGUGUCCUCUACAGGAAGUUUGUGCACCCAACGCUCUCCAAUAAGGAGAAGGAAAUUGAUGAAUACAUUACUCAGGCUUGUGACAAGAGCUACGAAACCAUGAUGCGAGUUGGCAAGAGAGGGUUAAACCUUGCUGCCAAUGCAGCGGUUACUGCAGCUGCAAAGGGCCAGGGAGUUUUGUCUGAGAAGCUUCGAAGUUUCAGCAUGCAGGAUCUCACUCUGAUCCGAGAUGAAGAUACUGUGCAUAUGCGAAGCCGUGAUCCACAGCUGCACCCCUCUGGUGCAAGUCUUCUGGAAACUAUUGAAGACUCAGCUUCAUGUUACUCCUCGGGAGAGGAGAGCAGUGUGGCACAUCGGUCUAAUGGAACUCCGUCAGAUGCUAGAACAGACCCAUCAGAUGAAGAUGCAGGAGACAAACUUCCUAAACGAACCCAGAGUCUCAAAACUCCUAAAAAGGUGAUGAAAGCUGAACUUCCCGUGAGAAGUGUAAAAGCCCGCCCUAAGAAGAAAGCUGCUGGCUCUCUUGCUUCUGGCGAGUCAUCCUAAGGCGACCUGCCCCCUCCAGCACCUGUCUCUGUCCUGGGAUUUGCCUUUCGCUUUUUAUGGGGAAACUCUCCAAAGGAAGGGAGCUGAGAUUCUUGUACAUAACCGAUACUGCUUUACAGAGCUCAUUCCAAGGCAAGGGGGAGGCUGGGAUUCAGAAAGCAGAGGAGAGGAUACAAAUCCUCAGGAAUUUUCUCCUUUUCAUCUCUCUGUUGGAGGGAAUGCUGAUAUGUCUGUACAUAGCCAGAUGCUUUGGAAUUCCCGCUGUAUAACUCUAGUUGAGAAUCUUUGCUGGAAAAACCUACUAGGGUUAAAGACAUCCAUUGCACAGAAGCUGGAAAAAUACUAGACACUGGAGUUCCAUAGGGUGGGUGGCUCUCAAAAACGUCUUCUCUUGCUCUGGGUAUUCUCCUGCAGCUGUGUGUUGUUAAGAAGUGCCCAUCAUGAGUCAUAUUCCUUAAGAAUGGAUAUGUCCAUUGCCUUUGAGAAAGUGGUCGAAGUGAUAUAUACUGAGUGCUUUAGAACAUAAAGGACUGGCUCAUGGGAGGUAUAUGCUAGAUUCCCACUACUCAUACUGGAAGAUGAAGAGAUUGGGUUUAAUUUUAUUUUUUCUGGAAGGUGAUAAUUUUUUCUAAAAGGGAGAUAAUUUGAAAAACUGAUAAAGGAAAUGUGUUAUUACAUGCACACUAUAUGAUGGAGUAGGUAGGAGUUACUGUUGAGAAGGAAAGUGUGACAUCUCUAAGAUUUCGGCUCUUUUUUAAACUGCUUGAAUUUUAUUUCAGGUUCUUAUGCUCACUUUGACUCCACUGAGAGCAUCAGAAUGAGGCGAGUCUCGUGCAGUUCCAUAGCAAGCAUACUCGCUUUGCCAUUUAGUGGUUGAACUCAUGUCGUUGUGUUGCUUGUUACUUCAGACAAAUUCUUUUAUUCUAGCAGAUGUCUGGGGAAAAUCUGUCUCAAAAUAGUCUGCAAACAUACUUGAGAAUAUCAGAAGCCCUCACCUCUCAGCUUUAGGAGAGUCAAUCCUCAGGACAUAAGAACUGAAACAGUUGAUUUAUUAACAAUCAAGUUCCUCUAACUUCAGGAUUUCGUUUAUGGGGGAUAAAAAGCAGGCACUAGGGCACAAUACUGGUAAAUACUGAUUAAUCUGUCCUCUUGCUUUAUCCUGCACAGAUUUUCUGUCUGAUAUGUGCCGUGCUUAUCAGUGUCCUGAGACUCAAGCAAUACUUAAUGCUUGGGAUAGAAAACUACAAGGAAUAUAGAAUAUGUAUUGUGGGAAGGAAGUUGUAGUGCUAGAGAGAAAAUUUGCUUAAUGACGAGCCAUACUAGACUCCUGAACGUUUUUCAGGGGCAAACCCCUGUACACAUGCCGGCUGAGCCUAUGAAAAUUUAAGAGUUGGGUUCUUGUUAUCAAGAUCGAUAAUGAAGGUGCACCAUUUUAGACAUGGAUGUCUGAAUGAAUACUUGAUGGUCUUAAUUUUCACUGAAAUUAGUUAUCAAAGGAACCUGGCUCCUACAUGCAGGUGUUUGCAUCCCAUACUUUUGUUGUCACAUUUCUGAAAUUACAGUGAAUUCUUCACAGAGCCCUGUAUUUUGCUGUUGACAAGGUAUAGAAGCACUUCUGCAGCUAAUGCUCCACAAGUAUUUCUGACCUAGAGAAUAGCCUUUCAAAAGUGUAUAAAGGUGAAAAUUAGGACUGAGUUUUUUUCUUGUUUUCCACUGUCUUGGUGGCAAAUUGUUUGCUGUUGAAUACACCAGUUAUUUCAGGAAGCCAGUUAAGCUGGGUUUGCUAUUUUUUGCAUCUUUAAAAAAUUUAAACUUUCAGUCCAUGUUAGAAACUUGCGUCUUGUCAGAAAUAUUUGUCCUAAAUCAUCCACAAGGCCUUAUCCAGAAGCCAGUAGAAAAUGCUUGAUUUGGCUCUGCAUUUCAUAAACAAAAACAAAAAAAACCCCACAAUUAUUUUGUUCCUUUUAAGUUUAUUAGCAAACUUCAUAUUCGUGUUUUACCAGCACAUGCAAAUGCAUGUCCUGAAGCAGGAAUACUUGCUGUUUCCAAAGGAAAUUCCUCUCUCCAGACAACAGAUAAAAUCUUUCAUGGUUAUGUGGAAGAUCCAGUUGUGAGAUAUUGCUGUCCUAGACUUUACUGUACUGAGUGAGAGAGAACCAUUGUUCUCUAUAUACCUAGUAUGUCUGUGACCAUGUUUCUUGAUUUUUUUUUUUUUUUCAAAAUUAAAAUUGUGCAUAGCAAAUUAUUUAUGUAAAUCAUUGUGAGGGACUUGAUUUGGAAGCCAAGUCUCCCCUUGUGCUGUUCUUCUUGCCCUUUCCUUGUGCAUGCACUCUGAUAGUCUACGAUUACUGGGUUUCCACAGAGCAACUUUCCAGAAUCCUCUCUAGAAUUCAUUUAUUUGUAAUGGCUUUUCUGUUUUGAAGCACAGGAAGAAUUUCUGAAGAUUCAGUCAGUUCUGGUAUUUGGAUUUGUCUUUGUCUUCCUGAGCUGGGGUCUGUGCUAAGUAGCAUUUACUUAGCAUUGAUGCUUGAUGUCGUUAGCUUGUGGGUAAAUACAGGUCAGUUUUACUCUGAGUUUUCUUUAUACAGGGGAAUUGGCUUUUUGGUUGCAAGAGGGAGUCUACAGUAGAGUCAGGGACUAUCUAGUGUGUGAUAUGAAGCUGAUGAUGUCAAGCAGCAGAACUUACCCAGAGCAAGACCAAUGUCUUAGCAUGGAUACUGUUUUCUUCUUGUAGUACAAGUGUGACUGCUAGAUUGUACUUUGCUUGAUCAAAGCCACUGCAGAUCUACCACCACCCACGUGACCUCUUAGUGAGCUUCUAGAUCUAGUUCUGCAUUGGAUGCACUGUCUUGCAUAGAAUUUCUCUUGUUAAUGAGAACGCUGAAUGUGCUGUUUUGAUAAAAUGCUUUUAUCAGCUGCUGUUCGGUGUUUUCAGCAGGAAAUGCUGGAAUGUAGUUUCUCUUCAGUAUCAUCUGUGGGCUUCAUCAUGCAAUUAAGCAAAUGGCUAAAUCUUCACCUAGCAGUAGAACCCUGUUGUGUUUGGUAAAUGUUUAGAGCCUUUUUCUAAUCUGCCUGGCCAUAGAGAGAAGUGCAGUAACAGAAAAUGAUACUUGAAGGUGGAGGCUAAAGAGGGUGGUAUGUGUGUGUCAAACUUCAUGUGCCUAAUGGUUAUCCUAAAAUACCUGUACCAUGACAUACAAAGUUGAAGCCAUGACUGCCUUUUGAAAAGAAGUGUUUUACUUUCAUGCUUUGUAGUAGGAUGAGUCAGUGUUCUGCUGUUGGAAAAUACUGAAAUGGGGUUUCCUGUGUAAGAAACUUAAUAAUUUGUUGCAUAAAAGGGAAAGUGUUUUCUUGUUUGGCAAUAAUCCUCCAUGGUGGGUAAGAAAUAUGAAAAUACAGGGGAGACAACUGUCAGGUUUUAACCCUUUACACUUUACCUAAACAUCAUUGUUACCUACUUUUUUAAAAUGGAGUUUGUGAUUCUCCAGCUUUACAUUUCUGGGACUGAUUUCCUUUAGACUAGAAUGAUUUCCUUGGUAUGUAGAGCAUAUAUAUAGAGAGGGGUGCUGGUGUUAGAAUUGCAAAGCUUUUUCUGGGGAAGUUUCACCUUCCCUCAUUUUCGUGAAUUGAUUUCCACUCAUUGUGCUUUUGCAGUGCUGGGCUUUUUUUUAAUACAUUGCUCUUGGAAGUAUGACUCCUUCACAAUAUACUUCCCUGGAAAACAAGAGAACCACCAACUUUCCAGAAAUGGUUAUUUAUUCUGUGCCAUCUUAAUCAGCUUAAUCAAAUUAAUCAAUCUUAAUCAAAUUAAUAAGGAAAUUUAGUGCCUUAGGAGAAAAGUAAGAUAUCUAUGGAGAACUAUGCUGGUUCUCUGGUCCACAUAGAGCAUUGUAUCAAGGAGGCUCACAAGUUAACUGUGAAGUGUCAUUGUGUGUUUGAGAGCAGCUGUUGAAUUGAGCUGUUUCCUUUCUGUCUUCCAAAGUUGCAUAUAAUGCUGAAAAGUGUUGCUCCCUAAGAGAGAAAUCUGGGGAAAAAGUUGUAUUAUAAUGGGGACACUGUAUUGUCACAUUACUGCUUACUGGGCAGAUGCUGAAUGACAUCUCUAUGUAACUGGUCUGUACUAUAGCUUUUCUUGCUUUAGCCACUAGGAAUUUGUAAUGUGCUAUCUGGCUGAAGCACCUUGAGGUGCUGCUUUGUGAGUUGUCUUGCAAAGUCAGAGAUGUGAAAAACCAGGAAAAGCGCUGCAAAGUUACAUGAGCUUGUAGAACCAUAGAGGUGUCAGAGUCGGAAGGGGCCACUGGGGGUCAUCUGGUUCAACCUUGCAACUCAGUCAGAGCCACCCACUGCCAGUUCCUGUGUGCUAUUUCUGGUUUGGAAUCUGCUGACCCUAAGGGCUGAUAAUAUGUGCAGAAAUGCAUAUGCUGCAUGGGAAUGCCUUUUAGUGUUAUUGAGGAGAAAUGUUUCCUGGUCACUUUUCAUCUGGAAUUGGGCUCUUUUGCAAGACACUAUAAACAUAACUCCAUUGUUAUGUUCCUUAUAGGUACUGUUAAGAAGCCUAGAGUCUCAAAAAAGAUCUUGAGGUAUGCAGAGUAAAUUGUGAAAACAGUUGGUAUCAACAGUAAAUGGAGACAAUAACUGCAUAGCAGCUAAGAACCUUUCCUGUGAGACAGAUGGAUUGAUAGAUAGCAUUAGAGUAGAAAAUGAGCUGUGUAUAUUACAGAGCUGUCCAGUAAAUACUGCUAACUUUCUGAGCCUCAAGCAACACUUAAACUGUGCAUUCUACAGAUGAGAGCUUGAUUUCUUUUUUGAGCCUGAGUUCUUGCUUGGAGUCAGUCUCUGUCUCCUCCCUCCCUCUUUCCCCCUUUGCUUUCCCCCACCUCCCCAUCCCUUUCAAACGGGACUUGAGCUACAUACAUUAAGAUUCUUCAAACUUUCAUCCCUUCAGAGCAAUAAAAUUUUACUUUUACUUCAGCAGGCAGCUGAUCUGCAGGGAGGACCAGAUGAAUAUCAAGCAUCUCUGGUCUCUUUUGUAGAUGCAUUACACUGGAGAAGCAGUAGCAGGAAGCUUCAGAGGAUAUGUUUGCCUGGGAAAUUCUACCCUCUGUCCCCUGCCAAAGCCUGCAUUUUUGGGUGAACCAAAUGCUGGGCUUAGCUAUGCUCAUAUACAUGGUUAUCUGUAGAAUCCCACAAUUCAAUGUCAGAAUUUCUAGUGCUCUAUUUCUGAUGAUAAUAGGAAUUAAAAUAAUAUGAAGUCUAAAGAAACAGUUGCAAGUUGGGGGUUUUUUGGGUUUUUUUUUUUUUUGGUUUUUUUUUUUUUUUGCAACUUUGCAGGUAAAUUCAGGUCAUUGCUAUUUAUAUGCCUAAAAUCUUUGCCUAAAGCACCUUGCAAGCUAUCUGUUACUUUUUCUCUCUUUCAGAACUCCUGUUUUUCUGUGAAUUCUUUAUGUUUUUUAUGUUUAUUCUUAUUAAGCAAGGGCUGGCUUCCAUUUUACUGACUGUGGAGAUUUGAAAUAUACUGUAUUAGAGCUUUAAUUUAGCCUUUUUUUGUUAUUUAAACCUAUGACCUAGAUUGAUACAUGUAACUGGUACAACAAGGCCUAAGGCUAGAUUCGCAGGUGGAAUGUAAGUAUUUAUUGCAAAUAGCAUAGGUUGACAUAUUUCCCUUUUCUUGCAGUGGAUUCUGGCUGAAAUGUGCUUACUGCAGACCCUUUGGACCAAGAGCAUUCUGUCAGCGUUUAACAAGAUCAUGUUAGAAGUAGCAUUUAUGGGAAUAAUGCAAAAAUUAGUGAACUUUAAAGGAGCAAAGCUCAAGUCUUCUGUAAUAUAUGACUGACUGAGAAUAUGUAAAACACUAAAGCAUUUCUGGCCACAGUAUUGCUAUACUGACUUUAAAAGGUAGGGCAUUCAGUCAUGGUCCUUGUAGUAGGUUUGGGAGGAAAGUUAGUCUGGAUGGCAAGCAUAUAAAGUUUUACAUACCAAGGAACUAAGUUUUUAUCACAAGUAAUGCUUAGUAACUUACCAGAAAGAAAGAUGUAAAAAAAUUGACUAAAAUUAUAAAAUGAAGAAAAAUUUUCAUGAUUGUCAAACCUAGUAUUGAAUAUAAACUUUCUGUGUUUGUGUUGCUGCCUUAUUUGGGGAAGCAUUGCAUUAAUUAAUUCAUAAUUUCUGACUCUUAGAUUAUUUCUGAAAUUAAUCUCAAAUUAGAGAUGCUUGGGUUUGACUCAGCAUUUUAACAUCCUCAAUUCCCUGUUAGCACAGUGCUGAUCUAAAGACAGUAAGGCACUAGGAGGGUUGUGAAUUACUUUUUGUCCACUAGAGGGUAUAAGCAUAACAUAAAACCACUGAACAUGAGAGAGCAGAGACAUGUCUCGUAACAGUUAGUUCAAUUAUGGCAGUUGAACAGCAAUAUUUCCUAGGUAUGAGUGAAGGUCCUCCUUGGGAGUGAGAGGGGAAACAAGCUGGGGUUCUAAUGGAGAAAUAUUUCAUGAAAUAAUACUUCUAUUAACCUCUGACUGAAAAGGCUAUUCUCGGCAUUCUUAUUGAGCCACUAUCCAGUAAGGCUUGCUGAGACAAUAGCGUUACAGAAUAACUGUCCUCACUUUUUAAUUUUUGUUGUAUAUUCAAACCAUUUUCUAGCUGUAGGGAGCAGCUCUGAAAAUGGCAAUGUUUGUGAUUCACCCCCUCCCUGCAGCCCUCUUCCCCCCGCCAGCUUUUGUAAUUAACCAAUUUCUGUGUGUUCCUCUACUUUAUACUCUGAAUUUUAGUAGUAUUUCCUGGUAAGGAUGAGUAUUUUCUUUUAGUUGGGUCUGUUUUCUCUGAAAAGAGAAGCAAUUUUAAUCUAAAAAUACAGAUGUGUCUAAUGUUACUAUGGUAAUUUGUGACCAUGGCAACAGAGAGUUAGCAUUCUGAAGAACAGACACAGAUUUGGUUGGUUGUUUUUUUGUUUGUUUUGUUGUUUUGGUUAUUUUUUAAAGUCAAUUAAUGGUGCACGCAUUUCACAAAAUAAACUUGACUUUUCAUAUUUGUUAACCAUACAGGAUAAUAUGAGUCCAUGGGAUUUUGACAUUCUUACAUGGGAAAGCUGAUAUUAGAACAUAAUGUAACAGUAUGAGAUUCUUUCCAAUGUUGAGAAAUUCCUUUAUUUGCAACAGCAUAGAUGGAGACUUGCAGACUGAAGGAGGAUCCAGGACAUACCAGGAGGUUUCUGUAGGAAAGAGAAACAGAUUCUAGAAUAGUCCUGGGGAUUCUUCAAUGUCAGACAUCAGGGGGAAAAACAUGAAGAAUAAAAUAUAUUGAAUAUGUUUCUAUUUUCCCAUCAUAUGAUCGGCCUUAUGUAAACCAACACAGUGCUUUUGGGCAGGUGCUAAAUUUCAAGUACAAGUUAUGGAUUGCCCUGACAUGCCCCAUCCCAAAAGCAUGUAGCGCAUUCUACAAAACAUUUAGUAAUGAUUUAAAGAGUUGUAAGAAAUUAACUUCUUGUUGAGGGAGGUAGGAAUUGGCUUUUGUGACUAAGCCUUGUAUGUAGUUAAUUUAUCUCUGCCUGUAUAGAACUAACAUAAAGGCUCUCUACUGUCAACACUCAGUGUUGGUUUUAUAGGAAGUGUGCUGAUGUAAGUUUAGCCAAAACUAAAGCACAGAUAUUUUUUUCCAACCUUUUCCUUUUUCCUAGGGAAAAAGGAUUCUGUUGGGGAAUCUAGCAACUGAAUGGAAAUUAUAACAUUGUUGCUAUCGCUUGCUUAUUUGGGGUGAUGAAUAUAUUGAACUAAAUAGAAUUAAGUGUCAUUUAGUAGUUUAAUUUUUGUAAAAUUAAUUUUGUCAACAGCUAUUGUGACCAUUCUGUAUUUACUACAAGAAUAUGGUAACUGAUGCCUGGAGCCAUUGUAGUGCAGGAAGGCUAUUACCGCCAAAAAGGGAAAGCAGAGAAAAGGCCAACGCAAACGGAAUUAGUUCACCUAGUCCAGUGUCCUGUGUCUGAUACUGCUCAGUUUAUUUGAUGAUCAGAGGGUAGUUUGGAAUUAAACACACAUUGGAAAAUGCCUCGUUACGACACUGUCACUUUCUUACCCUUGUGCUGAAGCACCGUGGUGUUAAAUGACUGAGUUAAUAGAGUUUUCCUAAGAGGAGGAGUUGUUGAAAAUCUGUAACUAAUUUUUGUGGUCAUUAAGUCUGGUCACUUGCUGCAGUAUAAUGACUUAAAUGUACAAAACCUAAGUCUUGUGUUGUGCUUUCUUCUUAGGUAUCUUUUAACAGUCUCUUUUUUGAAGUGCUUAUUUUAAACGGCCCAUUGCUUACCUUCCAUUUCUAUCUAGAGUAUAAUACAAAAGGUUUUAUCAAUGCAGAUGUGCUCUUGUUCCACAGGAUGGCAACUAGUCCUUAUUUCUGUUCUCAAUUAUUUUGACAUUUCCACUAGAAAUGGCUUUCCUGGCUAAGUUCCCUUCUGACGUAUCAGGGUCAUACACAUGGAAAGACAGCCCUUCUGUUCGGGUUAGAGACUAUUUGGAAAAGCUCAUUUUACUAUAUCUAUUUAGGCUUAUUUAUCAACUUGCUGAAGAUUGCUGAUGAGACCAAAAAGGCAUCAUCUAAGGACUAAAUUUUGAACACUACUUCUUGCUACUGUCUCAUGUGGGUCUCUCUGGUAAGUGGUACUCCCAGGAACAACUGAUCACAAGUCUAUGAUGGCACCUCUAAAGAAAAAGUUGCUGUGGUAAGGUUUAGUUAUUGAUGUGGAUGAGAGAGAUAGAUUCUGAAAGUUAUUUAUUCACUUUUUAUUUUUGGUUUAUUUUGACAGAUAAAUGUCUCAGAUACUUUGAAUUUAAAUCUCUGUGUGUCAUCAGAAUAGGCUUAUAGAUUUAUUAGUUGAAGGUAUGGCUUUUUGUUAUUUUUUAGUGAGUUUACAUACCUUUCUCCCCCCCUUAUGCCCCAGUUUCUUGCUACUGAUGCCUGUGGAUAUUAUUUUAAAAAAUGCUGUUUUGUUAUCUUUUCAAAUUGUGCUCCUAAAUAAUUUUAGUUUAUCUUCAUGUCUUAUGUGAUUAGUCUUCUGCCUUUCCACCUCUCCAUUGUUGAAUGAAUAAAUAUAAGAAAAUGAACACAAAGUCCUGCUAUUUCUGCUAUUUGCCUUAAAAAGAAGGCAAAUUUUGGGAAUCUGGUUUAUCCUGGCAUUAUACAGGAACAUAAAUGUUCCUCACUCUCAGGUUGUGUCCGCUUCCCAGCUGUUAACUGAGGAUUUGGAUACCUAUCACAAGUGUAUUUGUUAGGUGGCCUUUUUGUUCCUGCAGAAUACUGUUGCUGUUAAGCAUCUAGGAGACCUAUGUGAAUUGUAAUGGCAAAUAACUUUUGGGGAAGACAGAAAUUGGAAAGCAUUCAUGUGUGCAAUGUUAGAGAAUGGUGAAUAUCUUUUUCGCGGUCUACGUGCAGAAGCACGAAUGUUUAAUCAGUACUACGUAGCUGCUAUACCUAGGCAUGAAACAUUAGAGUGGUCAGGAAAUAAAAAUUGUCUUGCAGACCCGGGUAGCAAGAACUCAGCUUACUUACUGGAAAACCUGUGGUACCGACAACUGGCAGAGGGUAUGUGAAAUUACAAGGUAAAAAUGGGCUGUGAGAAGAAUUUUCUGUAGCUACCAGUAACAGUUGUUCUUCCACAGACCCAGCUAGCAGGUAAAGUGGGUAGCUGGGAGCUAGCAGUUGUAGUGGCUGGGAUAAGAGAGGAAAUCAGCUAACAGGGUUCUAGUGGCAUCUUUAUAUUUGGUGUUUUGGUAACAUAUGUCUGAGGCUGAUGAACUGUGGUCUCUAGCUGGAACUUCAUAAAAGUAGUAAUGGACUGAGUCUGUUUUGGAUUGAGUUGAAAUCCUUUUUAGCUUUGAAAUUCAGCUUAGUGGUUUCUUUCCUUCCCAAAGUAGACUCUUAUGUAGGUGCAGCCUUUCUCUUUUUACCCCCUAGCUGUCAGUUUUUCCUGCCAAUGCAAUGAAUCAAAGAAUCAUAGAUUGGAUUGAGUUAGAAGGACCCUUAAAGAUCAUCUAGUUCAACCCUUACUGCCAUCCUUCCAACUCUGUGGAUGUCCUUGUGAAGGAAGCAGAUUUUCUUCUUUUUCAGCCAGCUCAGAUUGGCCAUUCCUAAACUCAGCAGUUGAAACCUGAAAUGUUUAUAUAGUAAAUAGAAAGUGUUUGACUAUAUUUCUGGGCAUAUGCAAAAAUGAUAUGGUUAUUUUCCUCUUUGUAUAUGUCUAUGACCAUUUUAUAUCCCCACUUACUCCAACAGCAGUUGACCUGUGCAGAAGGAUUACAGGAACAGCUGCACUGGGUUUGGACUUUGAGUUUACCUGUUUAUUAGAAUCAUUGGCAGCUCUUGAGGCUAAGCUGCUUCUUCUGGGCUAGCAGGCUCCAGUGGAAUUGACCACUGAAUUUGUGAGUUGCUAACCCUAAUCACUUUUUUCCUUAUCUUUCAUGAAACUCUGACAAGCCAAGGAACACUUUUCAUCAAAUUGACCUCACAGAAUUCUUAAUUGCAUCCUCCUUUUGUUUGAGUAUUACUAUGCACCUUAAAAUUUUGGCAUAGUUUGUUUUUCUAACUGUGGAAAAAAAAAAUUAAGCAUGGGAGAUAUGUUUCACACUGCUUUUGAAAAUGCAGCUUCUGCUUUCUAAUGAGUUACCUAAUACACUUUGCAGUGAAAUUUCCAUCCUUCCCCUUGUAAUUGCACACAAACUCAUUAUUUUUAGCAUUACUUGACAGAUUGGUAAAAUUAAGCCAUUUGGGAAGGGAGGAGGGCUGAAAUUUUGUAGAAAUUCCAAACAGCUCUGCACUGAAUCAUCAGUCCCAAGAGCACAGACAUUCCAUAGAAAUGUCAGACAGUCCUUCUGGCAUAUUAAUGAGGAAGCAGCAAUGGGUUUUCAGUCAUGCUGAUUUUAAAGUUCUUGCUCAGCUUCCAAUAAAAAUUCUUAGCAUUCAAUAAUAGAACAGUUUAAGCAAAUCCAAAAUCAAGAUAAGGAUGCAAUCCAGAUUUGGACUAUUUCAGUCAUGAAGUGGGAGGGGAACCUUGCCUCUAGCGAUGUGUUUGUGUGUUAUUACAAUCACACUCCUUUCCUCAGCUUUUACAAUCAAGAUAAAGAAAAUCCUGUAAGUCUAUGACUAUUUUAACUACUGUGAGACUUUUCCUAUUGGAGGAUUGUGAAUUUUAGCUUACUAUAUACUUAAGCAUUGGUUUAUCUUUCAAUACUUGGAAGAAAAUUUUGCCUUCAAAUUUUCUUUGGAGCAAGAUUUUUGCUUUAGUUUUAAAUUUUUGUCACAGAUCAACCUUGAGAAAUGAAAGGAAAAAAAUAUAUGUUCAGGAACCGUAACUUACUGAAGAGGUAGGGUGAGAGAUUAGGUAGAUAAUAUGUGUGUGAUUUUUUUUUUUUUUGUCAAAGGAUUUAAUGUUUAUUGAGUGCAAUGGAAAAAAACUCCCAUUCACGUACCACUAAAGUUUAAUGUCUAGAAAUAAAAUGAAGUGCAAAUGGGAACGUUAACAGAGUGAGUUCACUAUAGGCGCAUUGUGUUUCUUCUUAUUUAACAAGUACAAGAGGAGGUGUUGUCAAAUUCUUGUAUUCUAUAAAAAUCAAUUCUUUGGGCUUCCUUAGUCUGGGAAUAAGAAAAAGUAAAUUGACCUGUUUUCAUUGCAAGAGCUGAAGGUUUGUUUCCAAGACACGAGUCUGUAACACCAUAAUUGCUAGCUUGUAGGAUUUGUUGCUGUGACAUGUCUAAAAUUAAUGUGUUUAUUAGAUUUCAAUUCAAGUACUUUAUUUUUUUUUUCCUGGUAUACAUGGUAACUAAAAUUACUAUGGUAAAGCAUAAAAAAUCCAAGACAACUACUGCUGUUUCCUCCCUUCUCUAUUCAGCUGGAAAAUGUAAAAAUUCUAGGAGCAACUUUACCUGGUCUGAGCUACAGACCUGAUCCAGCGUGUAUGUAGUACUCUACAGAUGCAUUGCUGCCUAUUUGUACUCUACAUAACGCAGCAUUUCAUAGAAUUGUUAUUGUGAUUAACCACAGAUGGAUUUCUCAGUCUUGGUGGUGAGUAACAAUAUAACACAACAUGUAAUUUGGAAGUCCGGCUAGAAGGGGAAAUUAUUUCUGGUGUCCUUGUACUUCAGCAGUCUUCCACUGGUCUAUGGUAUUUCUUCAUCCUCCUAACUAUUUAUCUGUCUUGAGUUACUACCAAGUCAGUUCAAAAUACUACUUUCACUUGUCCCCUGCCUGCAUUUGCCAUUCAGAGAAAACAGUGGUGUUUAGCUAUGUCCACAAAUCCAAAACUGUUCUGUAACUAGUAUAUGCAGUUUUUGCAGCACCUGGAAUUAACAGUUUGAGGUCAAUCGCUUAUAAACUGUCAGUGUUGGAGAUGUAAUAGAGCAACACAACAUAACUUCUUUGAUCUAAUCCAAAGACUAUGCUCAGUCUAUGAUAAUGUCUUUGCCAUCUUUCCUGUGGUAACAUUCCUUCAGUGGUCCACAUGUCUGGGAGAGUCAGUGUGUCAAGAAUGGAAAUGAAAGAUGGAGGACAAUUGUGUGAAGGAGGAUACUGGUUAACAGAAGAAAUUGGCCUUUCCUGGCUCAUGUAUAAAAUAUAGAAAACUCCAAACAAAACUUGUCCCCUGAGUAGAGGACACUAAACAUCAGUUCAAGCUAAUGAGAUUUGGUUCCUCAGAUAAUAGUGAGAUUGUUUGCUGAUAUCAUGAUAUAGUUGUCAUGGUUACAAAAGGACCAGGUGCUAAAUACAAAGUAUCAGAAACAUGAAAAUGGAGAAAAUCAGUGUCCUAACAGAAAAGAUUGCAGAGCAGAUAAGAUUAUUUGGGGAUUAGGAAAAAAGAAAAGGAAUGGUGGGAGCAACUAGGGAAUCCAACAGGAAAUUAGAGGAAAGAAAGUUCCAAGGUAGAUAAUCAGAGAUGUUUGAUCCAGAAGCAGACCUUGUGGGAACUUGACAUGCUGAUGUUUGUAAUUAAUUAAAAGUCUUUAAAGAGAAGUCUGGAAACAAUAUUCCCUAGCAAAUGUCCCUUUUGGCUUAUUCUCUUAUUCUUUGAAGCUUUGCACAGUAUAUCUUAAGAAUGUAUUGUGGAAGACAAAGUUAUGUUCUGAUACUGAAGUAUGGACAGUGAAUUUUUCCCACAAGAUAAUACAGCUACUGGCAUAGGUGAAAAAUAGAGGUAACUAUAUGAUGUUGGACAUGAGAUUUGCAUAGAGCAUUCCUGACUCUGUGCCCUCUCCUGUUGUUGACGUUUUUGGCAAGUUCCAUUUGAAAGAGGUAGAUCUCCAAGAUGUAGCUCUAUGUUUGUUCUCUGCCCUGGUUUUGAGGCAGUAAAAAUUUAGAUGGCCUUUUCUUUUCUUUUUUUUUUUUUUCUUUUUUUCUUUUUAGGUUGAUGAAAGCUAAUUGAACCUUUUGUUCUGAUGAAAAGAGAAUCUGGGAUAUUAAAGUGAGCUUUAUAGCAGGAUGUGAGUUAAUAUCAUGGUGAUUCCCUGAGCAAGUGGGUUGGGAUCUUCAAUUAAUUCCUGCAGCAAGAUGAGAAAUCAAGUUUCCAUGGAUACUGAGCCAGCAGCAGCACUGACACUCACAGCAACUGCAAGCUUAGUUUCCCUAAAGCUUGCUUCCUAAGGAGGAUUUGCCCCCCUGUCACCCCUGCUCUGUAUUCCAUAUUAGCAAAUUAAAAAUUUCAAGACAGAUGGACAUUUCAGGAAUACUUAGAGACAAAAAAUACCAUCCCUUUACCUAGAAAAUUGUGUACAAGAAAUGCAAGUGACUUGCAUAAUUUAAAGUACAAGUUGGAAAAACCUAGAAGUAAGCCCAUCAUGAAAGCAGUUAACAAAAAGUAACAGAGGUAAAAAUGUAGUUCCACUGUGUGGAAACAUAUUUCAUAAAGGCACAGUGAUUCUUUUAUUGGCACAAUAUCACAACAGAUUAGUUUGAAUAAAAAAAAACAGUGAAAAAAUAAACAUUGAAAGGUAUGUUGAGGCUGAGUAUAAAGUAGUUUGUACCAGCCUCUACUAAUAAAGCAAGCAAAAUAAAACCAAAGAUUCAUCUCGGGUAAUUUUUAACUUUGAAACCAUUCUCUCCUCUUGUUCCCUGACCCCACAGCAUUUUGCACUCUAUGUCCUGUCAACACAUUUCUUGUCACUGAAAUGUAUUGAGAGACAAUAUAUUCGAUAACGACGGACUUUCAAGGAGACCCAGUGUAUUGCGCAUGUUUAUUCACUAGACAGAGCCAAAACUUAAAUUUUCAAAUAAAAUUGUGGCUGCUCAA